UACCCCAAAACAGCCCCACUGGCCACAGCCCACAAAUCUCCCAACCUUCCCGCAAACAACCAAUUUACUACCACUCAGCUCCACCAGCAAUGGCGGAAUACGACCCCACAGCUGCCGCACACCGCCACAAUCUCAUCCCAAAAGAAACAGCCCUGCAAGCACUAAACACCAUAAUCCAACUCCAUUUCGAGAAGACCCUCGAGAAGAAAAGAGCAGUAGACGUCCAGAAAAAGGAGCUUUGGAAACUAUUCCAACUUUUCUUCCUUUUCUUGGGUCUUGUCUUCCUAGCUCAAUCCCAGUCCCCAAGGCUCCAAUGCCGGCAUUGUUGGGUACCCAUUGGGCUGCUUUCUUUAGCUCAUCUGAUCUUCUAUGUUUCCGUGGCUCAGACUCUUAGGUGCAUCAAUGGGUUCAAGUAUCAGAGGAGGUGUCACAAGCUGACUCUUGGCUUGGCUACUGACAGGCUCAGGCAGCUCAGGAUGAAAAUCAGCAGCUGCGCCGGCGGCGGAGGUGGUGGUGGGGUGAUUGAUGAGUACGGAGAUGAAUUGGAAGUGCCUUAUCAAGAACCACCGGAGAGUUAUUUUGGCAAGUUUAAGAGAAACUGGGCUCUGCAUUUUGGGUUCUUGAUCUUGAUUUAUGGGUUUAUGGUGUCUUCCUCUGUUGUUCUUCUUUGCUUCUAGCUUCAGUAGAGCCUAAAAUUAACUUUCCUCUAUUAUUAUUAUUUAUCUGUUUUAGGAUUUUGGUUAUUA